AUGCUAUCAUUUGAUAAUACACAAUGGACGGAUUAUGAAAGUUUUGACAAAGAGAAGCAAAGAUGUGAAAAAAUCUAUUAUUCAUUAGAAAUCGUAAAAGUUCCCGCACGAAUGUUUAUGUUCAUAUUCAAUAUCAUCAAAAGAAUCUGUUGGGAAGUGUAUCUCCUAUUCACACGACUUCCACCAAACCAAGCAUGGAUGGAUCCAAGAGAACAAGCGUUGAUGGUAAAAUACAUCCAAGAGUAUAAAAAUGAAAACAGUAAACGACCGAUUAGUAUGGUUGAAUAUGGUGCUGGAAGUAGUACAUUUUUCUUCAGUACCUACGUUGAUCAAUAUAUAAGUAUUGAACAUAGUCCUGAUUAUUGUCGUGAACUUGAACGUAUGGCUGCUAGUCAACCGCAUCGAUCUGUAAAGAUCUUUUACAUGGGUCGUAACUCUUUCGGAUUCUAUAUUAAACGCACUUAUGAACAAAAUUCGUCGUCACAAUCUCAAUCUUCAUCACAAAUUGAAAUAUAUUGUGUACCACGAAAUGCCUACUCGCUCACGGCUUAUCGUUUAUGGGCUACUGGUGGACGAAGUACAUAUCGAAUGUAUCGCGACUAUGUAGAUUUUCUGUCAGUAUAUUUUCGUGAGAGAAAAUUCGAUUUUGUAUUCAUUGAUGGACGUGCUCGACCUCAAGUUGCCUAUGCUAUUCUGAAACAACUGAAUGGUUCUCAUGCCAAAUUAUUUAUUCACGAUUGGAAUCAACGCAAAGAAUAUCACAUUGUUGAACAGGAAUUUUAUAAUAUAGUCGAUCAACAAAUCGAAAGCAAUCAAGUUGGGGGUGGUGGACUUGUUGUUUUAGAAAAAAAGUCAGAACAUAUAGGAGAGAGAAACAUCAAUGAUAUUCAAUGGCAACAUGGAAGUGAGCCAGCAUGGUGGAUAUGA